CUCCCGGCGUGCAGCGCAGGGGCCUGGCGGUGGAAGGAGCCGAGGUGGGGGAGAAAGCGAGGGCAUGAACAGAUGCACCACAGACACCCACCAAUCUGAAGAGCAAGGUAUCUUCCUUCCUCCGGCUGUCAAAUCCAUACCUAUCUCGGUGCUGAAGCAGAAUGGGCUCCUGCAGGCUCUGGCAGAGGGACCCAAUGGGCGCACAGAAGCUGAUCCUAGCGCAGAGUUGCUGCAAGCCCAGGAAGAAUGGGAGGCCGUGGAAAGUCUCCAGUCAGGGAUCGUGGGGACGUCUGCAGGUCACGUGCCCCUGAUUGCCUUCAAUGAAGCACUGCAGUAUUUCCAGACAGCUGACCUGUCAGAGUGCAGGAAAAAGAUCCAGACGACAGUGCAAAGGCGAGGGCUGUCUGCUGUGGCUCACUUCUUCUUCGGCCCCCCGCGGCUCCAUCAGCAGCUGCAAGGCGAGCGGGAUCUGGCCCUGGUGAUAGCCCAGUGUGGCUUGGAUAAUAAUGAGAAAGUGCACAUGAGGAUCCUGCAGACCAUCUACAAGAAACUAACAGGCUCCAGAUUCGAUUGUCCCCGUUACGGAGCCCACUGGGAAGAGCUGGGCUUUCAAGGUCUGGAUCCUGGGACAGACCUUCGUGGGACUGGAUUGCUCGGGUUAAUGCAAAUUCUGUAUUUUGUAAUGGACUCUCGGACAUUACCCCUCGCUCGAGAUGUUUUCAAGCUGUCCCAGCAUGAAUCACAGAAUUUCCCUUUCUGUGUCAUGUCUAUAAAUAUCACUCGCAUCGUGAUCCAGGCCCUGAGGGAAGAACAUCUUUCUCGAGAGUGUAACCGCAGACAGCAGGUCAUCGCGGUGCUGAAUGAUUUGUAUGUGGCCACCUCCCUGCGCCUCUACGUCAUCUGGAAAACACAACAGAAAACAAUUUCUGACUCUGGCUUCGUUCUAAAAGAACUGGAGGCAUUUGCCAAAAAGAAACCGAAGCAGCUUCUGAGAUAUUUGGAGAUCUACAUGAGUGGGAGAGCUGUGUCAGUAAUAGAUGGUGGUUUUCAACACCCUUCUCCCUCCUCCGGCGUACACAGUCCCGACCUCAACUCUGCCGUCGGCAACAGCAGCAAAGAGAUAAACUUCACGGGAGUGUGCGACCCGCAGGUUGAGAUGGAAGGAGAGGCCCGGCUGAUCUGAAACCAAGGCAACACCGCAGGCUUGGAAGAUUCUUGUAAGACACUGACAGAUGCUCCCGUUGGCAGAGCUCAUUAGUGGCUGCUAGUCCCCUGCCAGUCUGUUCACAGUCACUUGUGAAGGGGUGGGAGGUCUGAGAUGGUUCUAAAGCAAGCGCAGCGUCCGAGCCGUUAGGCCAGAUGUAGUGGGACACACCGGGGACAGUUGGUGGAGUUUGCAAUGGAGACCUAGACACCCUGCUUCAUUGUAGAUGCUGUAAUGGGUGGUAGCAAACGGUCCCCAUCCGUAGCGGGCUUUUGCCCUGAAUCCACUGAAGUGUGGAUUGACUGGGAGGCCCUUGUACAUACUGAGAAUAAAAAGCUGCUUCAGUUCUCAAGGGUUUCAAUUCGUGAGAGGUGUUAAGAAGCCCAAGCUAUUGUUGCUGAGCCCUGAGGGAGGUGAGCAAUCCAAGCAAACUGCAGGCCUGAAUUCCCUUCAGCUAGGAUUCUCCCAGGGGGAGUUAGCAAGCGGGUAGGAGAUGUAAAGCUGGCGAGGUGUUUGUUUUAUUCCAGCCAUCGGGCACCCACUGAGAAUGUGGCUCACGGUUUGUAUGGGAUCAUCAGUGUUAAGCACUAGACAUGCUGGAAUUGGGGUCCGUCUGUCUUUCAUGGGCACUUCUGUGCUGCCAUUGCUGUACCAUCCGAGCACCUCACGAUAUUUAAUGUAUUUGUGCUCACGCCCCCCAUCAGGCUGGGCAAUGCUGUUGUCCCUGUCUUACAGAUGGGACCUGAGGCCCAGAGAGACUUGUGACAUGCCCAGGGUCACACAGCAAGUCUGUGGCAGAGCAGGGGAUGGAACCCAGUCUCUGGAGUCCAAGGGUAUUAUCCCAAUCACUGCACAGUAAGGUCCCGCUGUAUAUGCCAGUGAAAUGUUCUCCCUUGUAGUACGUUGUGUAAUGUGGUGGCUGAACAGUUCAAGCCCCCUGCGGCUUGGGCUUCCCUACUCCAGGUUAAUGCCGUUCUUAUCGUCCCUGCUUCUCAUUCUGUGCAUCUGCUCAGGAGUCUUCAGCCAGAGUCUCAGUAAAGAAUGACGAGCUUUACUGAAACUCGGAAUGGGCAAGAUCUGUCUGGGUUAGGGCCUGAGGGAACAGUAGUGAGACGCAGAUCCCUGGCUUCCAGCAUUGCCACCAGCUAUCAAUUCAGACGCUCCUGACUCUAGAGCAAAGUUCAGGAGAGAAGUGGUCAUUCAGGUACAUGGCAUCCACCUGGAUAGCUGCGGGUGGGAGCUCUGGCCUACUACUAAUAAUAAUUAACCAGCGGAACAGCUUCCCAGGGGCCCUGAUACCCUAUGUCUUCCUAAAAGUUUCGGGGUGCCAUUCUGGGUGGUGGAGGCACAUGGCUGAAGGCACAGUCCAAGGGAGGGGUGGGGGAAGGGAGAUAGCUCGGUGCCAGCUCUGCCGUUCUGGGCUGCUCCAGUGGCCAAAAUGGUCUCUGCAGUCACAGCAAUCGGCAGUAGCUCACAUUUGCAGCCCAAGAUCCUGUUGUGUUGGAGACCUGCCUUCCUCUCCUCCCCAGCCCUGUUCCCAACAGGCUAGGGAAGGAAGGGGAGCAGCUUACGGUAGUGCUGCACUGGGGAAGUUCUUCCAUGGUGUGUUACGCUCUUGGAGCAGCAGGUAGAGUCCGAACCUGCCGUAGGCUGCAGUUCAACCCCAAGUUAGCACAGCAGGGAAGAAUAGUCCCCUCUGCUGCAGGCGUGGCCGGGUGAGGGUCUCUGGCUAAGAGGUCCACUGGCUAUGAGAGGGCUCCCAGCUAGCCUGAACUCUAUGAAAAGGCCAGUUAGAACGAGCAGCUUAUUGUAACAGAUGCACUUUGCAGCAUAGGCAGGGAGAUGAAGUGGUCCAGACUUUGUGAUCCUGCAGGGUGCAGGGCAUGUUCCUUAGGGGAUGCAUCCCCUGAGUGGCAGAGGAAGUAGUUUGCUUUCAUAGUCGCCUGGUGCUUUAUGAGGCCCCAUCCCUAAAUGUGCCCUUUCCACUGCCUUUCCAGCUGAACCUUGUGCCUCUUUAGCAUAGCACAUCGGCCUGUUGUCUCAUAUCUUCGGCUUGGAAAUCUCUCAGUCUCUCUGCAGUGCGGUGCAUGCAGAUUUGCUCCAUAAAUACAGAUCUCAGUGAUGCACAACACCAUGUGCCAGUACCUUGGAGCCGUGGACACUAUUUGUAACGGGCUAGGCACUUUACAAUAAACCGUUGGCGUACCGUU